GGCAAACACAUGUACGUGGAUGUUGAUCCCAACGGAGGCAACCCAACCAUCAACAUCGACACAGGGAUCACCUCAUCACAGAGAAAUUGGAACAUAAAGGUUGAUCAGAUCGCCUGCAAUUCUCCAUAUAAAGCUCCUGAAGGCUGCACACAGUACUACACCAACUCGUCUGGUAUCGUCGAGAGCUUCAAUUACGUACAACCUACAGCGGCCCAAAUAGCGGAUGCCUCAGCUUCUCUUCACUUGAAUAACCUGCGCUACGGCAUUUGCGUGGCGUCGCGCUCAGGAUACUGCAGUAUAUCUUGGACCAAGGGUGACACUGUAACAACUAACCCUUACACAUUCGGCAUCAGUGGGGAUGCCCAAGGACUAAGUCCUACUUUGAUAGGAACCGAAACGGCUUCUUUGACGGGCACUGCUAACUGCUCAGCGGACUACGUGCUUAUCCCGAGCGGGGAGUACGUGGACACCGCGGGAGUCUCGGUCAUGGCGGACAGGUUCUGCGGCCUCGGCUUCCCCGAACAAGUGGUGGUCUCCGAUAUUCAACCGUUCGUCAUGUACGUUGUGACGGAUAGCAACGAAACAGGCGAUGCCGCAAACUUCGGCUUCAGGCUGCAGUACCGCCAAAAUGCCUGCACAUGAAACCAUAGCCGCACUCGACUUCUAUAUUGAUAGAUUCUUCUCAAGAAAGUAGUUUAAAAUUGCACUAGAUUCGAGAAGAAAAUGAAAAAUAUAUUGCACUCAAUUAUCA